GCGUGGAACCCAUCUGGGAUUCUCUCUCCCCCUGCCUUUCCCCUGCUUGCUUGCUUUCUCUAUCUCUUUCUUAAAUUAGAAAAAAAAUUUUUUUUAAUCUUUAAAAACCUUAUGCACAGUGAGGAUGUGUGUUGCCGGCUACUUGCUUUGGCAGUGGUGGCAAAUAGCACAGAUCAGUGCCUUCCAUGCUCAGGCUGCACAGGAACAGUGGCUGAGAUUUAUGCUGUUGAGUUUGGGUCUGGGACACAUGUCUGGAGUCCAGGAGAGAAGUCUGAGCUGGUGGUAACAACAUAGUCACAUCUGGGUGCAGCUGACACAGUGCGUAGGAGCAAAAAGAGAGCCCUGGGCCCUCUGACUUGAUGUCUUGGAGAACUUGGGAGCCAGCAAGGGAAGCAGAAGGGAGUCAGCGGGGGAAGUCAGAGAGCCAACAACAGUAAUGUUCUGGAAGCAAAAAAGAGGGGCAAGGCACACCCUGCAUUUCCCUGAGCGUGCCUCGGCACAGGCUGUGUCCCCAGCAGCCAGCACUGUCCCUGGCUCACAGUGCAAGAUGGUGUUUUCUCUUUUUGGCUAAUACCGAAUGAGUUCAUGCUGGUGUAUUUCUGAUUUGUUUAUUUUCUUUCCAUGAAAAAGGAGGUAACAGUGUUUGUAGUUCACCUGACCAGUGAGCUUGGUAAGCUCUUGUCCCCACAUGCCUUCUCCACCUCAUGCAGUUCCAACCCUGGUGCCAUUACAGGGGCCAGUGUCAUUCAGGGACGUAGCCGUGGACUUCACCCAGGAGGAGUGGCAGCAGCUGGACCCUGAGCAGAAGACCACCUACCGGGAUGUGAUGCUGGAGAACUACAGCCACCUCGUCUCCUUGGGCUGUCACAUUAUCAAACCGGAAGUUAUCAUCAAGUUGGAGCAAGGAGAAGAGCCAUGGAUAGUGGAAGGAGAGUUCCUACCACACAGUUACCCAGAAGUCCGGAAAGUUGAGGAUCUGGUUGAAAGAGUCCAGGAGACUGAAGGCAAACAUUCAAGGCAAGCUGUAUCCAUCAACAAAACCCUGACUGAAGGGAGAGGUAAUGUCCUUGGUAAGACUUUUAAUGUGGAAACGAACCCCAUUGCUUCAAAGAAAAUGUCCUAUAGUUGUGGCUCAUGUGAAAAGAGUUUGAAGUCCAUUUCAGAAUAUAUUAGUAGCGAUGGCAGCUAUGCAAGAAUGAAGCCUGACAAAUGUGGUGCGUGUGGGAAAUCGCUUCCCCGCGUGAAGCUUGAGAAAACUCGUCCAGGAGACGAAUCUUACGAAUUUAAUCGAAGUACAGAAGCUUGUAGUCUAAAUGAAGAAAACCUUUAUCAGAACAUUCAUAUUUUGGAGAAACCUUUCGAAUAUAUUGGAUGCCAGAAAGCCUUUCAGAAGGACCCAGUUUUUGUUAAUCAUAUGGAGGAGAAGCCCUAUAAGUGGAAUGAAUCCGAAAUAGCCUUUCUCCAGAUGUCCAGCCUCGGUGUACACCAGAGGUCCCACAUGGAAAUGAAGCCCUAUGAGUGCAGUGCAUGUGGGAAAUCCUUCUGUAAGAAGUCCAAGUUUAUCAUACAUCAGAGGACUCACACGGGAGAGAAACCUUAUGAAUGUAAUCAGUGUGGGAAAUCCUUCUGCCAGAAGGGAACCCUCACCGUCCAUCAGCGCACACACACCGGGGAGAAGCCCUAUGAAUGUAACGAAUGUGGGAAAACCUUCUACCAGAAGUUGCACCUCAUUCAGCAUCAGAGAACUCACUCAGGAGAGAAGCCCUACGAAUGUAGUUACUGUGGAAAAUCCUUCUGCCAGAAAACCCAUCUCACACAACACCAGAGAACGCAUUCAGGAGAGCGACCCUAUGUCUGUCACGACUGUGGGAAAACCUUCUCCCAGAAGUCAGCACUGAACGACCACCAGAAGAUUCACACGGGUGUGAAACUCUACAAGUGUAACGAGUGUGGGAAGUGCUUCUGCCGCAAGUCUACUCUUACCACACACCAGCGCACACACACCGGCGAGAAGCCCUACGAAUGUAACGAGUGCGGGAAGUUCUUCUCUCGGCUGUCCUACCUCACCGUGCACUACAGGACCCACUCGGGAGAGAAGCCCUACGAGUGUAACGAGUGCGGGAAGACCUUCUACCUGAACUCCGCCCUCAUGCGGCAUCAGCGGGUGCACACGGGCGAGAAGCCCUACGAAUGUAACGAGUGCGGGAAGCUCUUCUCUCAGCUGUCCUACCUCACCAUCCACCACAGGACCCACUCAGGAGUGAAGCCCUACGAGUGUAACGAGUGCGGGAAGACCUUCUACCAGAACUCGGCCCUCUGCAGGCACCGGAGGAUCCACAAAGGAGAGAAGCCCUAUGAGUGUUACAUAUGUGGGAAGUUCUUCUCUCAGAUGUCAUACCUCACCAUCCACCAUCGGAUCCAUUCAGGAGAGAAGCCCUACGAAUGUAACGAGUGCGGGAAGACCUUCUGCCAGAAUUCAGCCCUUAAUAGACAUCAGAGGACACACACAGGAGAGAAAGCCUACGAGUGUUACGAAUGUGGGAAGUUCUUCUCCCAGAUGUCCUAUCUCACCAUCCACCAUCGCAUCCACUCGGGAGAGAAGCCCUUUGAAUGUAACGAGUGUGGAAAAGCCUUCUCUCGGAUGUCCUACCUCACCGUGCACUACAGGACUCAUUCCGGAGAGAAGCCCUACGAAUGUAACGAGUGUGGGAAAAAAUUCUACCACAAGUCCGCCUUCAAUAGCCACCAGCGAAUUCACAGGCGAGGAAGCGUGAACGUCCUUGACGUGGGAAGGCUGCUCUGAAGCCGGAGAACCCUCUCAGUGUGGUGAGUGGGCAGCUCCUGCCGCGUCCUUCAGAGCGCACGCAAGUGAUGCAUGUGAAUGAAUCUUUGUGUUAGUCAGACUUGAAGUCUGAGAGCUCACAGGGUAGAGACCACAGUCGUAACAAGACCACAGGACUCGUCGCAUUCCAGCCUGUACGGGAGUAACCGUUUAUAAAUACUUAGAAUGUGUGUGAACUUCACCAUGAACUCAAACUGUUUUACGUAUCAGGGAAUUCAUACCAAGGGAAAAUCUCUCAAUUUAAGGAAGGUGGAAAACGUACUCCUUUGGAAAUUAUUAAUAUUAAAUGUUGUUUCUGAUGUAGUACCAACCUCCCUGGGACUUGAAUAGCUGUUGUGAGUAUAGAUACUUGUGUAAAUAUAAAUUGUCAAAUCAGCAGGUAGCAAUCAAGAUCGCAGCAUUGCAACCUGACACUCACAUGUGAGUGUUCCUGGGAAUGUAGGACUUAACAUUUUUGAGGAGCUUUUGGUCUAUUCACUUGUUUUUAGGAAACUACAUUACAGGCAUUGUAUGUUCAUUUGAAUCAUGAUGGAAAAGCCAUUGUAUCUUUAGUAGAAUAAUUUGCAAGACAUGGUAAGAUUAUCCAUUUUAAACUGCGCCACCAUGUUAGUGCCCUAAUACUGUCGCUGAACUCCCUUCUGAUCGUGUGUGCAGUAAGCGGCUUCUCCUGUUCUUCCCUUCCCUGUCAGUGAGCUCAAUCGUCUGUAUAAAACCUAAUGUUUUUAUAAUGUGUUCACCUUAUCUGAGUCAGCAAGAGAUUGAAAUCUAUGCAUAAAAUCAAAAACCAUAUAGAUAGUUUUGAGUUGUUAAUGCCAGAAGUUUCCAGUAGUUAAGUUUUCUAUAGCACUCAUUGCACUCUAUACAGUUAAACAGAAGGACUUAAAAUAUUUCCAUUUGUACUAAUUUUUUCCAUCUAUUUUAUAUAUUUUUAAUUUGGAUGCCUACAUAAGUGUAAGUGUGCAGAGCACACAUACUGUGUAACAUAGGAAUUAUCUGUAUUUUUAUUUGAUACAAUAGUGUUUUUAAAUACCGUAUUCUACUCCUUCCUGAAUGAAUGAAGAACUCUUCAUACGGGUUUGUGGCAGACAUUGGUGAACGGCACUAGUCACUCGCUCCCUAUUGGAUGCUGGCAGAAUUUGGGUAUCCGUUCCUCCCCAUGGAAUGAGGGAUAAAUCCUCACUAGUUUCAAUUCAUGAUAAUCCUUUUCUCAUUGCCAGCCGUUGGUUUAGAGUGGUCACAGGACCCAGUUCUGUGCAGAUGAACAACAGAGGUAUUGGACAGGUUAUCUCUGGAAAACAUUCCUUCAUAGAUUCAAGGAGUGAAUCAUGCAGGAUGAAGUAGAAUCUUCUGUGGAAUGCUGCCUUCUCUGCAUGGGAUGCCUGGUUGUGUCUUUCAAAUGUGGAUUAUAAUUUGAGCAUGGCCGAGCAGAAAGAUUGGAAGGACCUGGGACUUGGACGAUGAUAUUGAGCCACUGAACCAACCAGCCAUGUAGCUGGGCCACCUCUGGACUAUCUCUUCUAGAGUAGACUAAAUUUACUGUUAAGCCAGUUGAUUUCAGUUGCUCUGUUAGCCAUAACUGAAGAUACAAAGUUAUACCUUUGUAGGAAUUAUGCAAUUGAGAAGUGGACUUUAGGGAAAUCAUCUACUUAGAAGCAAGUACUGAUAGAGAGCUUUAUCUUAACUUUCCAUAAAUUUGGAUGUAAAUAAUUUGAGCACUACAAAUCGACUUGAAACAAUUAAAUGUAUAUGUUUCCUUGAAUUGUUACAUCAUUGACACUGAUACAGUGUCAGAUAGAUCUUCCUUUUUUACAGUGCAUGACAGAUUUUGUUGAGGUUGACAAUGUGAUCCAUGGAUCAUUGCUAUAGUGUGAGUUUGCAGUAUAGCUGUGGAAGAUAAGGACCUUUGCUUUCCAGUGAUUGGCCGGGUGGCUUCUAUUUGAAUAAUUGACCCCUAGCCCCUGAGAUGAAAUGCCAUAUUUUUCAUGUAUUUCAAUCACUCAUGGCACCUGUUUUUGUUGCUUAGCGCUUUCCCUCCAUAUUCUUCCAGACGAUCAUGAGUAUGCUACAUAGCAGGAAUGAGAGGUCUGGUAGGUUGCAUAGUUUUGUGUAGGGAAAUAUACUCAUGUGUAUUUGUGGAAAUGAUAUCCACAAAGAUUUCCAACAGUAGUUUGUCAUUAUAGCUUUAAAUACACAGUAUGCAUUUUAAGUAAAAUAUUCAAAAAGUUUCGUCUUCUCCUAUGGAGUGCCUGUGCAUAAAAGGGCCUGGUACAUGUAGGUGGUCCCUAACUGCCUCUCUGGUGGUGGAGUAGUGUGAUCUGUUCGGUUUCAAAUAUGUCCGUGUUCUCAUAUUAUCACAUCUCUGAAAGUAAGAUCAGUGGCAUGUUCUUUAAUGCCACUGUUUUUUUCUUCCCUAGAGGCAUGUGAAAUAAUGUGAUUUGUCUCAAACUUGAUGGAAUACACUAUCUGAAAAGUU